CCCCCUUCCCCCUCCUCCGGCGCUCCACCCCCCCGAUCUCGGCCCCUCAUCCCUCCCCCUCCCCCUCCGCCGCGGAUCAAAAAGCCCAGCGUCGUCCUCCGCGGCCUCGGCUGCUCCUCCUCCUCCUCCUCCCAAGCCUUCUCCCCCUCCGCCGCCGCCGCCGCCGCCGUCCGAUCCUCCGCCGACUGGCACCAGAAGCGCCCCCGCCGCCGCCGCCCGAAGCCGCCGCCCCACCACAAGCGCAAGGACCGGAGCUCCUCCUCCUCCUCCGCCGCCGCCGCCGCCGCCGCCGCCGGCGACGUUUGGUGCGCCCCCGUCAUGCCCUUCGCCGCCGACGCCUCCGUCGACUGCGUCGUCGACUCCCACCACCCUACCGCUCCCGCCGCGCGCCGCAGGCCGGAGCCCCUCGAUCGGCCUCGCCGAGAGCGGGCUUAUGUUUCGAGAAGGGCGGCGGCAACAAUUCAGGAAGAGAUCUCGUCGUUGAUGGAUUCGCCGUCGGAUCUCGAGGAGCCUUUCCUCGGAUCUGAGCUUCUUCCGUCCGGCGGAAGGGGCCGUAAUUUGCGAGGGUAUCGCCGUUCUCCGGGAGGGAUUGAAGAGAUCAUGAUGUUCCAGACUAGAGUGUUGUUGGGAGGCAUGGAUGUUUAUGAUCGGUACCAAGAUUGGCGUCUCGAUGUCGAUAGUAUGACAUACGAGGAACUGCUCGAGCUCGAAGAUAGGAUCGGGUACGUUAGCACCGGGCUGAGGGAGGAUGAGAUCGUCCGCAGCCUUAGGAAAGUCAAGCCCUCGGCUUUCGACACUUCGCCACUGCCGUUCUCCUCUGGGACAGAAAGGAAAUGUAGCAUUUGCCAAGAAGAAUAUGAAGAGGAGGAUGAGAUGGGGAGGCUGGGUUGUGGCCACAGCUUUCAUGUGUACUGCAUUAAGCAGUGGCUUUUUCAGAAGAAUGCUUGUCCUGUCUGCAAGGCUGCUGUCUCCAAAACUUAAAAAGAAGCGGGCAGACUGCUGCUACUGUAAUGCUGGUAGAAACUCAGAUAACCCUCCCUGUGUUCUCUCUCUGUCUGUACAGUUGUUCCUUUCCCUUUCAGAAAAACAUAGUAUCAUCCAUUCUUUUUGAGUGAUUAA